GUGCCGCUCAGCAGCGCCGGGGGUGUGUCUCAAGACCUCCGCGUGUAGUUACCUGUGAACGCGGGAGGUUUGGCUCCGAAACUGUAGGGCACGUUGCAGAAGCGUUUUGAUCUUCUGUGGCAAGAGUAGUGAGCUUAUCUGUAGGCCGAGAAACGUGAGGCGGUUUCGGACUCCGGCGCGGCGCGAUGGAGGUGGUGGAGGCCGCCGCUGCUCAACUGGAAACCCUGAAAUUCAGUGGCAUCGGCCUUGCGGUUGGUGAAUGUCCGACGGUAGCGUCUCCGGACUCGGCACGUGCGCCAGGGUCGCGGUCGAGUGACGGAUGCCCAGAGAAUGAGCUGGCCGUGGAGGCUCAGCCUGCCGGGGAUCAGCUGCUGCAGCCCGCCCUGAGCGCCGAGGCUAAUGGAAGCUCCACGCCUCAGCCAGAAGCAGCGCCCCAAGGUGACAGCGUCACAGGCCCAGAUGCGGCGCCGCCGGCGCAGACCCCGCGCUGCCUGGAGACCUCAGACUCCGACUCGGAUUCCGACUCCGACUCUGACAGUGAAACAGAUUCAGAUAGUUCAAGCUCCUCCUCUUCUUCAUCAUCUUCUUCCUCCUCCUCAUCUUCCUCUUGUGUUUCACUGCCUGCUGUGCUAUCAGAUGGAGAAGAUGAUUUACAAAUUGAGAAGGAAAACAAGAAUUUUCCUCUUAAAACAAAAGAUGAGUUACUUCUUAAUGAACUACCUUCUGUUGAAGAACUCACUAUUAUUUUGCCUGAAGAUAUUGAAUUAAAACCUCUCGGGAUGGUUUCAAGUAUUAUUGAACAAUUAGUAAUAAUCGAAUCUAUGAGUAACCUACCUCCAGUUAAUGAAGAGACUGUAAUUUUUAAAAGUGAUCGACAAGCAGCAGGAAAGAUAUUUGAGAUAUUUGGACCUGUGGCACAUCCGUUUUAUGUGUUGCGGUUUAAUUCUUCAGAUCACAUUGAAAGUAAAGGUAUUAAAAUAAAGGAGACUAUGUAUUUUGCUCCAUCAAUGAAAGAUUUUACCCAGUAUGUUUUUACAGAAAAGCUUAAACAGGAUAGGGGAUCAGAUGCAUCAUGGAAGAAUGACCAGGAGCCACCACCAGAUGCAUUAGAUUUCAGUGAUGAUGAAAAAGAAAAAGAAGCCAAACAGAGGAAAAAAUCUCAGAUUCAAGGUCGGAAGAAACUAAAACCUGAAUUUAAUGAGCCAGGCGAAGAUUUUGCUGAAGUACAUCAGAAUUGGAAUGCUUCAGAGCAUUCAAAAGGCUAUCACAGCAGAGAAUUCACACGGGGCUUUUCCAGAGGCAGAUACCCUCGACCUGGCCCCAGCAGGCCUCCACCGCAGCAGUUUUACACCUCGGAGCAUAUGGUGUCUCCAGAGACUUCGGGAUUUCCACCUCCACGGCAGGACAGUCCCAUGGUGCCACAGUAUCCGUUUCCACCUCCGAUGUUCGACAUGCAUAACUUCUCGCUCCCGCCACCCCCGCCGCCGCCGCCCCCACCUCCAUCUGUCAACAUGGGUUGGGCAGCAGCCAGCGUGCCACCUCAUCCGAUGCUGAACCUGCCGUACUCCCUGCCGCCCCCUCCACCGCCUCCUCCUCCCCCGCUGCCUCCUCCACCAGCUCCUGCGGACAGUAGUGCUGCUCACUUUGGACCUUACUAUUAGGGGCGUGCAGCGUUUGCUGAGAAGUUCGGACUUUCAAAGUGUGUGUAUUGAGGUUUUGUUUUCUUUUUUUAAGGAAAAGUAAUUACAGAGCUAGAUUUUUACAAACACUGUAAAAUACUAAUUGAUUCAGUUGUAAGUUGAUACAUAUUUGUAACUUUCGUGAAAGUGUAUUCAUACGAAAAUUUUAGCUCAAAUUCUUGGAAGUAAAUCCAGUUAUGUAACACAGUAUUUAAUUAAAACUUUGAAUCAUGCUUUCCUGUACUCCCACUCAUAAAACAGUAUGUGUAGUAAUGGAUAUGGAGCAAGUUCCAUCACAGAUUAAAAUAUAUUAACACAGAUUGCCUUGUCUGGUAAAAUCUGAAAAUGAGAUGUCAAAGCCCUAUGAAGAGGCUUUGAAAUAAGCUAUUUUUAUAAUCUUAUACAUUCAGAAUUUAUUUUAACUAUAGUGUAAUUUAGCAGUAAUUAACCCUAGCCCUUUAAAAAAAAAAAAAAGCAAGUAAAAAGUAUAGAAGAGAAAAACGUUGUAUAUUGGGAGAAUCUCUCAAGUUAAUAUUUAUGCAUUUUUAAGUUUCCAUUAUCUAUGCAGAUUUAUUUAGGCACUAUUCUGAAAGCUUUACUGUUUAACCACUUUCAUGCUAAGAUAUAUUUAGAGAUCAUUGUCUUCUGUAUUUGUUUCACAUAUUUUUACAUGCUUGACAUAGGUUAUAUGCUUAAUAAAUAUUUACUGAGUGAAUUUGAGUUUUUAUUAGUGAUUAAGUUUAUGUCAUUGAGUGUAAAUAUAAAGGAAAUUACAGAAUUUUAGAGCUGGAAAAGGCCUUCAAAGUCAUCGAAACGAUUUGUCAUUUAAUAAAUGAGGAGCCUAGCUAAGGGUUCCAAAGAGGCUCAGUAAUUUGCUGAAGGUCACUUACGCAUUGAGAUGAUGAUGAGAUGAUGAGUGGAAUCCAGCUUUCUUCUUUCUUAGAUUAGCGUGUUCCAUUAAAUUGAUGCUUCCUAAUUUUUCAUUCCUUGACACACUUAGAAAAUAACAUUUGGCACUUGGAAUGAACCUGGAGGUGCUCAUCGCUAGCCAGUGUAUCUGAUUGCAUUGAUAUCCUGUUUUGCCUCCCUGUGGAUCGAGGACUGCUGGAUUCUUAGUCUAUAAGUUGAGAGGCUCUGCCUUGACUUUCCCAUGUGUGCAUGUUCUUCAUUAUUCUUUUUUGGGGUGUUUUGGAUUCUUCUCUUUAGGAGUUACCUUCAUAGUUUAUGGUAAACAGUAGUUUGUUUGGGGGAAGGGUUUUUUCCCUAUUGAUAGAAUUUAAUGACAUACUGGAAAACUUCUAAAACCUUUUUUAAUUUCUGUAACUCAAGUUCUGGCAAUCUGACCAUGGAUAUUUAGUGUCUAAUGAAAUAGAAAAUUGAAUUACACCUUUCAUUACCUGCUUUCAGUUAAUCUUUAACACUUAGAUCUGCUUUUUCUUCCUUCCUGUACUUAAUUCAGGGCUUUGGAACUUUGAGGUUUCUAGAAAUACCCUGGGAAACUUCUUUAAAAAUUAAUAUUCUUAGGCAUGUAUUUUCAAAUUUGAUUUUAAUAGUAGCUAACCCAGGUAGCUAACUAAAAGACUUAUUCUUAAUGUACAGAUAUUUUAGGGCAAACAAAUUACCAUCGCUACAAAAUAGCAUUUCACUUGUAGUUUUAUCUUGGAGGUGUACUUUGUCAACUACGUUGGAAUUCGAGGAACCCAACUGUCAUUGUUUUAAUGUGUUUCAUUCAAAAUUCAUGUGAUUAAAUUUAAACUGCAUUGUGGUGGUGCUGAGUUAGGCUUUUGGGGAUGUGAUUGCAUCAGGGCACUUCCCUUUUAUCAGUGGGUUAGUGUCUUAAAAAAGUAUUGCGGGAAAAUAGUUUCAAGGUCCCUCCUCUUGUGCAGCAGUAAAGUGUCAUCAUGGAAGAAGGGAGCAGCCCUCUUCCCAUCCCAGACAAGCUAACAUCUCCAUAUUGACUUUCCCAACCUUGAGAACUGAGGAAUUAAUUUCUAUUACUUAUGUAGUGUAUGCAUUUUUUUAUAGCUAUAAACAUAGACUGAGAACCAGCUGAAAAAAUUCUAUGGGCAUUAUCACCACUUCAGUCUUACAAUGCUUUUCACAUAUGAAUGAUACAGUAAGUGCUACUUAAAAUUUUCUAUGUGCAAUUUCUUGCUUUGAGUAGAGAAUCUAAAUAUUGACCUUUUUAUUAUGAUAAAUGUCAUAUAGGUACGGCCAGUUGGAAUACAGUGAGUUCAUAUUCUGCACCCUUCCACUACAGGGCAGGCAGGCUAGAAGAAAGUUUGAGCUCUGCACCCUUCCAUUACAUCCCAGACAGUGGAGCCGGCUGGAAGACAGUUCAUGGCAGCCCAGCUGGAACAGUGUAUGACCGACAGGAACCCCAAGACCCAGUACAACAGCCCGGUGUACAAAUGUGCACACACAUUUGGAGGGUGAAGUAAUCAGCACAGUCAGUAACAUGGAAGCAUUUGAAGCAGCAGCAAGGAGCCGACAGUUUGUUUCUGGAGAACCCCUCUGAUAGAAGACCAGUCUGAGCACCCACAUCCAGAGGCAAGAUCAGCUCCAUAUCCAGCAUAUCUCUGCAGUGUAACAAACACUAUCCCAGAACUCUCAACAGGAAAAGGAAGGUUCCUGGGGGAGGGAUUAGAACCAACUACAUCUGGAGGACAUCUUUCCUGCGUGAGAGAGGCCUCUGCUAGUGAUAGAGCUAUAUAUCAUGGGAGGUUGAUGGUCAUCAACAGACAAAAAGAAGGUGGGGAAUGACAAGAUGCGUAAGUGCAGUGCGGUACUCAACAAGAUGAGUGAAGUUGAAAGUCAAACACUAGAACUUUCUGAAAUAAGUGAAAAAAAGUGGAAAAGGCUAUAAAGGAAAUGAUCUCGAGUACAAAAGGAAGUGAUUCUUAAAGAUACUAGAGAAGACAAAAGAAUGGGCUUAGAUGGAAACAAAAAUGCCCAAUGUAGGAGUGAAAUGAAACUCCUGAAACAGAUUAGGGAUCCAGAAGAUUAAAGCCUCUACUGAAAGUAUAUGCCACACUGAAUGCAGGAAAGGUUAAAACUUCAGCUCUUGAAGACGAAAUCACACCUAGUGAUUGUCUAGAGAAACAUAUCUCAAAAAUAGCCAGAGAUUGUGAGAAAUCAAUCUAACAGCUAUAAGACAAAGCAAAGAAGAGUAACACCAAUUGGGGCCAACGAGAAAACGAGACAACACAAAUGCCUUAACAAUCAUAAGUACAUACACAUCUAGCACAGGAGCAACCAAUUACCUAUGACAGUUAUUGGUAGAUAGGGAAAAUCAUGAGUAGUAAGGUGUCACAGGAGAUCUCAGUACUUCAUUGUCACAGACACAUCAACUAGACAGAAAAUCAACAAAAUAUUAGAGCUGAAACCUGUGAACAAAAGGAGUUAAUAGGAAGAAGCCACACCCCAAGGUUGUUUGCUAGCAGCCCAGAGAGCUGACAAAUCCAUUGUCGCUGGAGAAGAAGCCACACUGAGGCCAAGUGCCAGCAGCCUGAAGAGAUCUACUGAGCCCAGCUGGGGUCCAGAGAAAAAGCCACGCGCUGAGGCCCUGCCACAAUUGGAGAAGCAUUGUGAACCACUGCCCUGUGCCUUUCCAUCACUGCAGGAAACCCAGGUCAGAGGAACCCAGGUGACUCAUCCCAUCCACUACACCAAGGGACUGGCAGCCACUGCAGGAAGCACCUAGGAUGCAGCAAUGGGCUGAUUUAGAGGAACACAGGAAAGUGUCAAGACAAAAUAGCUAAAUACAAUCUUAGAUCUCCAGUCCACACAGAACAAGUUUAGGAGACACAGACAGUAGAAAUUAGAGAUCACACACCUGAAAUUUCUAAAAGGAUAACUGAAGUAGAGAAGCAACUUAGUUCUUAUAUUAUUUGGCUAAUUUUGCAUGCUUAUGUCUGACGGUCUGGACAGCUAUUUUGAAGAUAACAAGAGGCAUUAUGGUAGCCACUGUUAAUUUUCUGUUAUCUUGUUAUAAAGGCCUGUAUCAUUUUCAUUUUUUGGUAUGGUUUGGUUUUAUUCUGUUUUAUUUGAGUUUAUUAUGUCUGAUGGUAUGGACAGCUGCUUUGAAGAAAAUAUUGUAUUAUGGUAACCAUUGUUGACUUUCUAUUAUCUUGUUUUGAAGUCCUGUGUAACUUUGUUUUGUUUUGAUUGACUUUAUUCUGUUUUGUUUGAUUUGGUUUUAUUCUCUUUAAAAUAAAACUUUAAAAAGCUCCUUUUUACAGUAA